AUGGUGGGCUCUGCGGUCGUAAGGCGGCUUGAGAGACGUGGUGAUCUGGCAGAAAUCAUCACGGCGAGCCGUGCAGAUGUGGAUUUGAUGCGGCAGGAUGCCGUCGCCCAUUUCGUCGCGGAAGCGAGGCCAGACGUCAUCAUUAUGGCGGCGGCCGUUGUCGGCGGAAUUUUGGCGAAUGACAGCUAUCCGGUCGAAUUCUUGUAUGACAAUCUAAUGAUUCAGAACAAUGUCAUUCACAGCGCGGCGGCAAAUGACGUUGGCAAACUUGUCUUGCUCGGAUCGUCUUGUAUUUAUCCGAAACAUGCUGAUCAGCCGAUUUCAGAGGAAUCGCUGCUCACGGGUCCGCUGGAGCCAACGAACCAGUGGUAUGCGAUCGCAAAGAUCGCGGGCAUCAAGCUUUGCGAGGCGCACCGCAAGCAGUAUGGCCGCGAUUUCAUUUCUCUGAUGCCGACGAACCUGUAUGGACCUGGCGACAACUACUCACUUGAAACAGGCCAUGUGAUACCGGCUCUCCUGCGAAAGGCACACAUGGCCAAGAUCGCUGGAAAGUCCGAGAUGGAGGUCUGGGGUAGCGGGCGCCCGCGCCGUGAGUUCAUGCAUGUAGAUGAUCUUGCCGACGCGAUCGUGUUUCUGACGGAGCAUUACAGUGCCGGUGAACAGAUCAACGUUGGUGUUGAAUACGACGUCACCAUCGCGGAGCUUGCCCGCACGAUUUGCGAUGUUGUCGGAUUUGAAGGUGAGCUUCGUUUCGAUACUAGCAAGCCGGAUGGCACACCGCGCAAACUCAUGGACUCGUCUCGUUUGGCCACGCUCGGCUGGCAGCCUCAGAUUGCGCUUGAGGCAGGUUUGGCUUCGACGUAUGAGGCCGCUCAAGUGGAGUUCUCCACUGAAUCGUGA